AUGUACGCUGGGAAGAAGAGAAAGAAGCCGAUGCCCAGGAGCCCCAAACCACCACCUCCUGAGGGGGUGAAAUCCAACCCCUCCAAAAGGCAUCGAGAUUGGCUUAAUGAGGAACUGAACAAGCUGACUGGUUUGCUGCCCUUCCCUGAAGAUGUGGCGGCCGGCCUGGACAAGCUGUCCAUCCUGCGGCUCAGCGCCGCUUUCCUCCGCGCCAAGAGCUUCUUCCGCGUUGCUCCGAAAAACCACAGUGCUGAAGGAGCAGAGAGGGAUAGAGACCAUUACAGCUGCCCAGCCCUGGGCAGGGCAGCAGUAGCAGAGGGAGAGCUGCUCCUGCAGGCACUCAACGGCUUCAUGCUGGUGGUGACAUUGGAAGGACUGAUAUUUUACUCCUCACACACGAUCCAGGACUACCUGGGAUUUCAUCAGACAGAUGUUAUGCACCAGAGCAUCUUCAAGCUGAUCCACACUGAGGACCAUCAAGAAUUCAGGCGCAACCUCCACUGGGCCCUCAACCCACCCCACGCCCCUGAAGGGAGGAAGAAUCUCAGCUCUUCUGCGGUUGCCUGCAAGCCUGAUCAAUUGCCCUUGGAAAACUCUUCCUUUCUGGAAAGGAGCUUUGUGUGCCGGUUUCGCUGCCUCCUGGAUAAUUCCUCCGGCUUCCUGGCUUUAAACCUUCAAGGCAGGCUGAGAUUCCUUCACGGGCAAAACAAAAGGUCUGAAGAUGGGUCUGUGCUACCCCCACAGCUUGCUUUGUUUGCCAUCUCCACCCCUUUUCAGCCCCCAUCCAUCCUGGAGAUCAGAACCAAGAACAUGGUCUAGGACUUCACUCCCUUGGCGUGUGAUGCCAAGGGGAAGAUUGUUUUGGGCUACACUGAGGCAGAGCUCCGGAUGUGCGGCACCGGCUACCAGUUCAUCCAUGCUGCCGACAUGCUGUACUGUGCUGAGAACCACAUCAGAAUGAUAAAGACAGGAGAGAGUGGCCUGACGGUCUUCCGCCUGCUGACGAAGGACAAGCACUGGAAGUGGGUGGAGGCCAACGCACGGCUUGUCUACAAAAACAGCAAGCCUGAAUACAUCAUCGUCACACAGAGACCCCUUGUAGAUGAAGGAGGAGAGCACCUUCAGAAACAAUCCAUGCAUCUUCCCUUCACCUUUGGUAUAAGAGUGCUUCUCCUGUAGCAAAGUGCUUAUCCUCUCCCAGGUUUCUGCGAUGCUUUCCAGAGCAAAGGGAAAACCAGCAAGUCCAAGGAGACCUCACACAGCUCCCAGAAGAACAGCAUUGCCUCUGGUUCUCUGCUGAGUGCCGUACUGCAGCAGGACAUGGCAGCGUACAUGUCCCAUCCAGCUCCACCCAACCACAACUUCAGCAGCAGUUUCUUGGACCUCCUUGAGGACACUUCCUUGCAGGGUGCAGGAGAGGCCUGGAGCACGAGCACUGCUCCAGUUUCCUCAAGGAAGGACAGCCUCAAAGAGGAGUGGCUGGAUUUGCAGCAGGAGGACCCUCUCUUGGCCACCUUGAACUCACUGACAAUUAACACUGACGAGAGCUGCUCCAACAACGAGCUCUUCAGUGCACAGGAGAGCCUAGGGCUGAACGCUGAAGACCUGGAGCUCCUGCUGCUGGAUGAGAAAAUGGUGAUGGUCAGUACAGACUCUGAUCACACUCAGUCCCUGAGUGACUUCCUCACCAACAACAAGAUCCUCUCUUCCCACACCACACUGGGGAACAAGUACAAGGAAGGCCAACAGGCUUGUGCCUGGCAGGGGACAAUCUCAAACCCAGGGAGAGGUUCCACUGCAUACCAGGCCCAUGCAAAGAGCAAGGACAAGGACUUACAGUACCCAUCCCAGCAAACACAGCAGCCUAGCAUUAUCCCAGGCCAGUCUGGUGCUCUGCAAUGGGAGCAUCCUCUCCAUAAUGCACUACCACAGCUUUCCCCACUGGUAUUGAAGCCAAUGGAGGCUGAGGAGGAGCUGUCUGUAGGCCUGCAGAGUAGACCCGCUGGGGAGGAGGGCCUGCUCCACUUCCUCCAGUUCACACAGGUCACUCCAUGGGCCAUAGCUCCCAGCUCUCACCUGGGAGCCCCUUACCCACUGGAGGCUCAGCAGCUGGAAAGUAACUUCCCAGCCAUGCAUCCCACCCAAGGGGUGGUUCUCCAGACCUUUUCCCUGCCCAUCCAGGGCCAAGGGCUUGGGGCAGCACCAAGCCAGCCAAAACACAAAGCUGGCCAGCGCUUGCUGAUGAACAGGCUGUGUGGCCACCAUCAUCCCUCUUCUCCACACUUCCUUCCCACCAGCAGCAACAGCUUGUGGCAGGGCUGUGUCUUCUCUCUCCUGACACGCUCAGCUCAGCCUGAUUUUUAUGGCAUCAGCCAAGACUUGAUCUCCCAGCAUCAGAGCUACUUGGAUCCAGCACCUGGGCCUGCCAUGCCAGCAGUACACUCUAACCUGAAUGGAUUAUGCAGCAUGGACACUGUAGACAGUGAGAGGUCCCAGGAGGAGAUGGUUCCAUACUCUGGGCUUUUCCCAUCUUCCUCAUGCCAGCUUAUGCCUGAGAUGCAUCCAAGCUCUAUUCCCUCCAUGUACCCUUUCCUGAGCUCAUCUGCAGAGCACUUUGGAAGCACUGACAGUGUUCUGGAGGCUCCUGCAAACUCCUAUGGAGUGUACACCUCCAUGCUGAGCCAGGAGAGCAGCCACAAGUGGGCCAUCCAAGACUGGACCAUCCACGCCCAACCGAUCUGGGGCAAGGAGAUGUGGUUAGACAUAUGGACUGUGAUUAAACAUAGAACCGUACGCGUCUACCACGUUUCUGGACAUCACCCCCUGCAGUCACCAGGAAAUGAUGAGGCCAACAUGCUGGCUUGA